CCCCAGCCCCUGGGCAGCAUCCUUCUGCUGUCCCCUCCGAGGGAGAUGCCUGGGAGAGGGUGGAGGCUCAUCAGAGAGUGGGUAGCACACCCCGGGUCUCAUGCCAGCUCUUACGGGACCGCGGCGGCUCAUCGCGCCUUGAAAUGUCACCAGCGUUGCACAAGGCGAAGGACUUUGGCUUUCCCAUGCCCAAGCAGCACCCAUCACCCAAGAGCCUUUCUCCAGACACCCACAGCUCUGCCAUCGGUGCCCGAAAGGCACCCCGUGCCUCCAAAUUCCAGUCCAGUGGCUUAGACCUAAGAAAUAAAGGUGCUGGGUGCUGCAGCGAAAGAGGGGCAGGACAACAGAUCCGGCCGCUUUGGUCAAGGCAGGGCUGGGCGGGAACAGCAGGACUCUGCUGGUGGCUGGGUCCGCUCGUGGUGAAGUGACGCUGCCCUUGGCUCCGGGUUUGGGCAAACAAAAAAACUCAGGUUUUGCUUUUUCAGGUUUCGCUCUCAGCAGAGGGUCAUGGCUGCUUGGGUAACACCUGUUCUCGCCAGGUGAUGGAAAGAAGCAAGGAAAAGGAAGAAGACCAUCUACAAAACAGUUUGCCUCUCCUUCUUGUUGGUGAUCACAGUGACAGUGCUGCAACGGGGAAUGGCCCCCAGCCAGUUCAUGCAGGGACAGCAGCAGAAAGAGCUGCCCCCUCCGGAGCCCCUGAAAACGCAGAAGAGAAACAAUGCCUUCUCCAUCACCAGCACUUUCUGGAAAAGCCAGAAAGAGAAAGCUCCUGUGAAGGAGCAGGAGGAGGAGGAGAGCGUGAUGGCAAAGCAAGUGAAAUCCUGGGAUGUCACCACUACCAACUGCUCGGCCAACCAGAACUUCAGCAAGGUGGACUGGUUCAAAGGGCUGGAGCCCAACUUCCAGCAGUUCCUGCUCUAUCGGCACUGCCGCUACUUCCCCAUGCUGAUCAACCACCCGGAGAAAUGCAGUGGGGACGUCUACCUGCUCAUCGUGGUGAAGUCUAUCAUCACGCAGCAUGACCGCCGCGAGGCCAUCCGGAGGACCUGGGGCCAGGAGAAGGAGGUGUAUGGCAAGAGGAUCAGGACGCUGUUCUUGCUGGGCACAGCCUCCAAGGAGGAGGAGAGAGCCAACUACCAGAAACUGCUGGAUUAUGAGAACCACAUCUAUGGGGACAUCUUGCAAUGGGAUUUCCUGGACAGCUUCUUCAACCUCACUCUUAAAGAGGUCCAUUUCCUGAAGUGGCAGAACAUCUACUGCGACAAUGUCCGCUUCAUCUUUAAAGGUGAUGACGAUGUGUUUGUGAGUCCUAGCAACAUCCUGGAGUUCCUGGAGGACAAGAAGGAGGGAGAGGACCUCUUUGUGGGGGAUGUCCUCUACAAGGCCAAGCCGAUCCGGAAGAAGGAGAACAAGUACUACAUCCCCAGUGCACUCUACAACAAAAGCAACUACCCACCCUAUGCAGGGGGUGGGGGCUUCAUCAUGGAUGGGCCCCUGGCCAAGAGGUUGCACAAGACCUCAGAGACGCUGGAGCUGUACCCCAUCGACGAUGUCUUCCUAGGGAUGUGCUUGGAGGUCCUUAAAGUAUCACCUGUUGGGCACGAGGGCUUCAAAACUUUUGGCAUUGUGAAGAACAAGAACAGCAAGAUGAACAAGGAGCCGUGUUUUUUCCGGAGUAUGUUGGUGGUUCAUAAACUGCUACCUCCAGAGUUGCUCCAAAUGUGGGACUUGGUCCAUAGUAACUUGACAUGCUCGAGAAAACUCAACGUCCUUUAGCUCAGUCUCUCUGGAGAGCUGGGACUGGAGAGGCUGGGACAACUGAUCCCUGCUCUGGGAUGGGGUGAGCCUCUGCUGGUGGCACACAAGUCCAGGGGCAUCUCCCUCCGGGGUGAGGAGGGCAGAGACACUGCGCUCGCGGGCAGGGUUUGCGAUAGUGUUUGUUCCUGUACUGUAAUGUGGUUCACUUAUCUCCAGCUGGGUUGGGGGUUGCUGAAAAAAAAGAGAGAAAAAAAAAAACAAAACAAAAAACAACAAA